AUGGCAUUGUCCCAGGCCACUCCCUUCUCAGCCACAGAGCUCCUCCUGGCCUCUGCCACCUUCUGCCUGGUAUUCUGGGUGGUCAGGGCCUGGCAGCCUCGGGUCCCUAAAGGCCUGAAGAGUCCACCGGGGCCCUGGAGCUGGCCCCUGAUCGGGCAUGUGCUGACCUUGGGCAAGAACCCACACUUGGCCCUGUCGCGGCUGAGCCAGCGCUAUGGAGACGUGCUGCAGGUCCGCAUUGGCUGCACACCCGUGCUGGUGCUCAGCAGCCUGGACACCAUCCGGCAGGCCCUGGUGCGGCAGGGCGAUGACUUCAAGGGCCGGCCUGACCUCUACAGCUUCACCUUAGUCGCUGAUGGCCAGAGUUUGACCUUCAACCCAGACUCCGGACCAGUGUGGGCUGCCCGGCGGCGCCUGGCCCAGAAUGCUCUCAACUCCUUCUCCAUUGCCUCAGACCCGGCUUCCUCAUCCUCCUGCUACCUGGAGAUGCAUGUGCGCAAGGAGGCUGAGGCCCUCAUCAGCAAGUUCCAGGAGCUGAUGGCAGGACCUGGACGCUUUGACCCCUAUGACCACGUGGUGGUGUCCGUGGCCAAGGUGAUUGGUGCCAUGUGCUUCGGGCAGCACUUCCCCCAGAGCAGUGAGGAGAUGGUCAGCCUUGUGAGGAACACCCAUGAUUUCGUGGAGACUGCCUCCUCUGGGAGCCCCGUGGACUUCUUCCCCAUCCUUAAAUACCUGCCCAACCCUGCUCUGCAAAAGUACAAGAGCUUCAACCAGAGGUUCCUGCAGUUCCUGAGGAAAAUGGUCCAGAAGCACUAUGAGGACUUUGACAAGAACAGAGUCCAGGACAUCGUAGGUGCCCUGUUCAAGCACUACGAGGAUAACUCCAGAGCUAGUGGGGGCCUCAUGCCGCAGAAGACUGUCAACCUUGUCAACGACAUCUUUGCAGCUGGGUUUGAGCCGAUCACAACAGCCAUCUACUGGAGCCUUCUGUACCUUGUGACAAAUCCUGAGAUACAGAGGAAGAUCCAGGAGGAGUUGGACACAGUGAUUGGCAGGGCGCGGCGGCCCUGGCUCUCCGACAGAUCUCAGCUGCCUUAUUUGGAGGCCUUCAUCCUGGAGACUUUCCGACACUCCUCCUUUGUCCCCUUCACCAUCCCCCAUAGCACAAUAAGGGACACAACACUGAACGGCUUCUACAUCCCCAAGGAACGCUGUGUCUUCAUAAACCAGUGGCAGGUCAAUCAUGACCCGAAGCUGUGGGGGGACCCAUCUGAGUUCCGGCCGGAGAGAUUUCUCACUGCCCAUGACACCACCAUCAGCAAGACCUUGAGUGAGAAAGUGAUGCUCUUCGGCAUGGGCAAGCGCCGGUGCAUAGGGGAGGUCCUGGCCAAGUGGGAGAUCUUCCUCUUCCUGGCCAUCUUGCUGCAGCAGCUGGAGUUCAGCGUGCCACCAGGUGUGAAAGUGGACCUAACCCCUACCUACGGGCUGACCAUGAAGCUUGCCCCCUGCGAGAAUGUCCAGGCACGGCUGCGCUUCCCCAUCAAGUGA